AUGGGUUGUGGCUCUUCGGGCUUCCGCCCCUUCCACGAUGCCUUCGAGCUGCAGGAGGUCAUUGGCAAGGGCAGAUUUGGUGAUGUUUAUUCCGCCGUGGAGCGGGCAUCUCGUGAACCUUAUGCCCUGAGAAUCAUCACGCGCACGGGGUCCUCUCUGAAGGAUCUCAUGCAAGAAGCGAAGCUAUGGCGGAGUGUGAUGGACAGCAAGUACAUCGUGCAGUGGUACACCAUUCGGGCGGAAGGGAACAGCCUGUUCUUCUUGAUGGAGAAGUGCCAGUGCAAUUUCGUGCGAAAGCUGCAGUUAUCCACGACCUGGAAUCUGCAAAAGUCGCGCACCGCGUUCAAGCAGAUGCUUCGUGCAGUGGAGUGGAUACACUCAGCCGGCGUGGUCCAUCGCAACAUCAAGGCAUCGAACUUCAUGUGUGGAGGGGACAAGGGCAACACCAUAAUGAAGUUGACCGACUUCAGUAAUGCUUGCUCAGCUCCGCAGGGCGGGAAGCUGUACCAGGAGGUCGGCUCCUGGCAGUACAGAUCCGCGGAGAUGCACGGCAAGGUGGGCUACACAGAGAAGACGGAUCUGUGGUCCUUUGGCGUCAUGGCUUAUGCCCUGCUCUUCAAUGAGUUCCCGUUUGCGCCUGGAGUCAGAGACAAGGACGCCAUCAAGGCUGCGAUUCUCGGACAUGCGGAGCCACGCUACUGCCAGGUGCCAGGUGGACAGAAGGUCGGUGAGUUCCUUGGCCCCGCAGCUCGCUUUUGCCGGGUGCUGCUGCGGCGGAACCCCGACAUUCGCUGCAGCGCGCCAGAAGCGCUCCAGUUAGGAUUCAUCACUGGCAUGGCUUGCUCGGUGGAGAUGGAGUCGGACUGCAGUGUGAUCAAGAAGCAGGACCAGCCAUCCGUCCGCGAGCUCGCGCCGGCAGUGGACUGGGAUCCUGGGAGCAUCGUCGAUUCGCAGUUUUCCGACUUCACGGUCUGUAUGACGCGGAAACAGCUAGAAUCGCUCCCGCUUCUCGGUGCUGGUGACCUGAACGGCAAGCACUCGGCACAGCUCGGAGGAACUCUGACCUCCGUCACCUUUGACCUGGAGCUCCUCAUUGGCGAGGCAUCAAAGUGCGGGAUCCGACGGUGUCGGCUGGCACUGCUGCGCAACACGCACAUGCUCACGGAGGAUUGGUUCGACGUCUCAUCGAAGGUACCCCUGCGUUUCUACUUCUCUUCGUCAUAUUUUGACAAGAGCUCAGCGUACACCGUGGCCGUCCGUUGGCUGAGACCGGCUGAAUCUGUGAAUCGCCACUUUUACAUUGGAAACACGUAG